GCACACAAGUGACACAACCAUGAAUCGUCUUCUCAAAAUCUUCCGCUCUCACACUGGUGGUGCGUCCGUCACCGGCACCGGUAGCGGUGGCGCCGUCCGCCGAGCACAUUCUACCUCUGAUUUUGUGGUCGCCGGAGUCGGUAUCCAGAGUUUCCGUAAUUUGUUGAUGAUGGAAAAUGCUGUGAACCCCAAAAUUUGGGGGAAGAAGGACACUGCAGAGGCCGCGGGCUCGGCGGCCGCCGCUGGAGUGGCUUUUGUCAGUGUUUUAAGCUUAAGAGAUUUGCUCGAUCAGAAGCCACUUAUGGCUAAGGGUGAAGCUGAUGGGGCUGCAGGUGCGGCGGGCGCCGCAGCCACCUCCGUGGAUGCGGUGGGCACUGAGACGGUCCCCGCUGCCGGUGGGGGAGACAAUGCAGGACCUCCAGUCGUAGCUGCCGGCGGAGUAGAGGAUGGUGAGGGCGCUCCUGGCCGAGGUCGCGGUAGAGGCCGCGGAAGGGUGCGCGACCCUGAUGAAGAUCGCCGCCGUGCGGAACGGCUUAAACGCCGUGAGCGCCGCUUAAGGCAGGAAGUUCGUGAAGCUGCUGAACGUCCUCAGAAGUUCCGGAUGGGGGAGUUUUUGCUGGUUGAUUACGGUAACUCUCUUCUUUACUCUCAGAAGAAGAGGGUGCGUCAUGAGAGUGACGACGAAGAAGAAGAUGAUUCGGAUGAUGCUCUCUUACCCGGGGAAGAGCCCUCUGGUAUUAACCUCCACAGUCCUAACCGUCGCUCUCCUUCUCCUCCUCCUAGUGGUGGAGCGGUUGCGGUAUGAUUUGAGACCGAUUUGAACUUUGCUGUGAGGUGACAAUCUGUCAUGUGAAUAAUUAACCUUCAUGUGAAUAAUUAACCUUUUACUCAUACGGUUUAAGCAGUAGUAUAUUGUCAAUUUGCAUGAUUUCCGAUUUACCCAUGUAAUGGAAUGGUUUACAAAA